AUGGCUCACCUUCUGAGAAAGGUGAGCAGUCCUGUUGUCUAUAUUAUUUCCAGCUAUGUGCUACUGUUUCUCUUUGUGUGGGACUAUGCCAAUUCUUAUCAGGAGUUUUUCUCAACUGUUGUCUCACUGGAGAAGUCAGCGGUAUUCUGGAUUUUGCUGGCCAAUGUCACAGUGGCUUCUGUGUUACUGCUUUGGUAUUUUCUUGAGACCCUAUUCUUUGGCACUAUGACACUCACAGAAAGCACCAUCGUCUACAAUGCAUUCGCCGUCGACUUGUUCGAGUGUGUUCUCGUGCCACUGUACGUCGAUUAUUCGAUUAUGAAUUUAUUCACUGUUAUGACCUUGUUUACGUUAGUUUUGCAACUUUUGCAUAGGCUUGCCAAGGAACGGGUGACAACUAUGGGGGUUAUCUCAAAUCGCGUUACAAAGAUCAAGUAUUUCAUCCAACUGCAAUUCUUUAUCCUUUUCGCGGCAUCUAUAGACCUUUUUGUGAUGAUCUGCUUCGCACGUCUUGCAUAUAUGCAAACAUCUCAGAAAUUACUGUUAUACUACACCGUAUUUACACAAUACUGGCAAAUGUUCCUUGUUACAUUUAGAAUCGCCAUCUUACUUUGUAUCGGGUUUUACAAAAGCGAGAGAACACCUCUGACAUUUUACACAGAGGGUGUCCUCAACUUAAUUGAGUGCACUAGCUCGAUCGCGGCCUUUUCUUUUAUUUGGAUUCAUACCGAAUUGCCAUUUAUACAAGUUCGAACUUUCGUCUCGAGUAUAUUCCAUACGAUCAAGUGCAUGAAUGAUCUUGUUCUCUUUUACACCAUGCAGUCUAAAAUUAAAAAGUUCUCUCGUGUUGUUGCACAGGAUUUGGAAUGGGAUUCACGAUGCACUAUUUGCUAUGAUGAUAUAACAGUUGACAGCGGGGCUAGACGGUUGCCAUGUGGACAUUGCUACCAUGAAAAGUGUCUGACUCAAUGGUUUGAGCAGCAUAGUACAUGCCCAUACUGCAGGGCAAACCUCCUCAACUAUCCUUUGAAGCCCCAGGGGCAAAUGCCGCAUCCGGAGGCACCUGCACCACCGGCCGUACCAGAACCACCGCCAAUGACGGAGUCCGCCACCUCAGAUAAAUAUCUUCAGGGGACUGAAGUAUUAAUGGAAAUGCUCGAUGUUCAACUUUCGAAGGUUUCUAAUGACGAGAGAAACCAGAGAGACAAGGUGCUCCGUGAAUUUUACCAUAUGCAUACCAGGUAUAAAUCUCUGGAACAGGAGUUGAAUGAUCUGGAUAGAAUUAAAGAGGAGAUCGAUUUCUUAUCAGGUAUUCGAAACCUCCAAGACCCAAAUAAACUAAGAGAUGACCCUGGAGCGAGUCCCAAUAUUGAGUCAACUGAAGAUCAGGCACCCGUCUCCGCGGCUUCUUCAAAGGAUAUGAAGAAAAUAGACAACACCAACACUAAUGUAGUUCAGUCCCCAGAGACAGAUGGGAACUCUGAUCUAGGUCCUUGGAUGCGUUUGGCUGCAUUUCAGAAGUAUCAUAGGCGUUUGAAAGAUGCACAAGAAGAGUUAAAUAGCACUCUUGAAUCAAUAGAUGAGAUAGAAGCUCUUUCAAGCUAA